AUGGAUGGUGCAGGAUCAUCUCAGGACUGCUGUGUGCUGGAAAAGCAGAAUAAACUGGACGACCAAGUGACCGAGCUAAAGAAGAAAGUUCAGGUUGUAUCAGUUGGGUUAGUAGGUGCACUGAAGUUAGCGGAUCAGAUCCAGUUUGCUCUGAUAUCAGAAGAGAUUCCGGAGUUGAAGCGGAGGCAGCAGAUCUCCUGCAUCGGGGGUCCAGCCAGCGUCUGCUUAGAUCAGCUGCAAAACUGGUUCACGUGUGUGGCCGAGUGUUUGCAGCAGGUCCGCCAGCAGCUGAAUAUUCUCCAGGAAUUGGCGCCAAGGUUUAGCCAGCACGACGAGCCCUUCAGAGACCUGAGCUCGCUGCAGGAACAAGAGCGCUCACUGUUUGAAAACCUUCUAAUCAAUUCUUUGGUGGUAGAAAGGCAGCCGUGCCUUGUCAUGCAUCCACACACGCCGCUGGUGCUGAGGAUCUGUGUUCAGUUUACUGUCAAAGUCAGGCUGCUGGUGAGGUUACCAGAUUUAAACGAGCAGCUUAAAGUCAAGGUUACUUUCGACAAGGAUUUACCGGAGAAUGAUACAGUAAAAAGCUUUCAGAGGUUUAAUGUUUUGGGAAACACUACUAGGAUCAUGAACGUGGAAGAAUCGAAUGGCUGUUUUGUUGCAGAGUUCCGACACUUGGUAUGA